UUUAAUGUAUCGUAGUUCAUGGCUAAAUUCUACACGGCUUGUAAAUCCCUUGGAAUUUUAUGAUAUUGUUAGCUACCCUGCAAAAACAGUACAGAGGUAAAAAAUUACUAACCCUAGAAACGUGUCGGUGAUCUAUUGCGUCAGGUUUAAGGUUAGGUCCUAUUUUUUUCAUACCUAAAGCCCAUAUCCCUUUCGCAUUCCAUACUGUACUUUGAAAGAUGGUCACCCUGGGGCGUCGCCUCCCUGGGGAUUUCCUUAUUGACGAAUUCCUCGCUCUAGAAAUUUUGCAGCAGUCCACUUUCUUAUAAAUAUUUCGUCGGACUUUAUACACGCGGACAUACGUGAACGACAAUCUAAUCUCACUGGCACUUUCCUCAAUUCAGAAACUAAAAAGAAAUUUGAUACGGAAUAAAUGAAGUACUUAUAGGUUAUGUUUCUUUUAUUCGUAUCAUGCUAAUUCUUCAUUCAUCUUUUUGUAUUAUUAUCUCCACUUCCUCUCGAGUAAAGAACAAUGUAUUAUCUAGAGAUGGUGAGUCUUUUGUCUUUGUGCUUAUCUAACGACCCUGUCACAGGGACGCAGUGUAAAUGGUCUAGAUGAAGAUGUCAGGAGCAUCAGUAUCGUCGGCAUUCCAAGACGACAGGAAGCGGACUAUUCGUUUGAGAAAAAGGGCGUCUCAUCCAUCCUUACGUCAAGGCACCUCGAGGGAUGAAUUUUGUACGGCUGCAGCCAACCUGACCAAUCUUAAGAAGGGAGAGAAGGGAGAAAAUAUUAAUGGCGUCGAAGAUCUUCAAGAUAACCCAACUGAAAAAUGUCGUUAUUCCCACUUUUUUCUUUCUUCUCUUCCCUAGACGUGCAUCUUUUUCGGACACCUGCAGGUACUUUUUGUUGUUUUCCAUGAAAAUUCUUGGCUCUUCUUAAAAUUCUUGGUCCAAGUUCUCAAUGUUUACUUUGCCUUCCUUUAAAUCUGUAUUUAACCUUUUUUUUUUCUUCUCUUUUUCAUUCAGACACCCGUUAGAUACACGCAGUCCAUACAUUAUCAACCAUUUUACAAGUUAAUGUUAGCUACGCCAGGAACUCCAGCAGUUGUUAUAAUACAAAAGUCGAUCUCUCUGCCUCGGAUUCUUCUGCAAUCAAUUGCAAGGUAAACCGGCCAGCGAAAGGCGCGACAUAGGUGCAGGUGCAUUGCUGUUUGCAAUUACACAAAUAGCCGAGAACUGCAUGUGCAGUAUUUCGAUUAAAAACGUGAUAGCGCAUCUGCAGUACCGUAUACAUUAACCGACCAGUUGUAUCAGUUGAUUGCAUUAAAUUAAUAAGACAGAAACACAGUGGAAUUUUAGACAAAGAAAAUCGAACGAAUUAAUUUGCAAUUGAAGAAAAAUUCUCUUAAUCAAAUCCACUAUAAAUCAGAUUAGUGCCUAUUAAUAGUAUUAGCUUCAAGUGUCUUUCUUUAAUAUACGUAUACCAAAGUCUGUAAGAUCACCUAGUAACCAUUCACUUUCAUUAAUGAAAGUGCAACUUCAUUCGUAGUUGUAUUCGAAUGUGGCGCAUAGUUAAUCGCAUACCAUUUCCUUUUCGUAUUUUCCUCAGCUGGCUAAUGCACCUACGCAUGUAUCUAUAUACAAUAUAGGUGUAUAACUAUAUACUGGCGUGAAAGGUUCGAACACAUGUGUUCAUUGCCGUGUAAUUGUCCAUCUCGCCGAAUGAUCCGCUGGAAUUGCAACGGUAAUGAUGGACUUUAUUACAGCAACUGCUGUAAGUGGCUGCCAGUCAGCCUGUGCAUGAAACAGGAUACGAUGUCUCUUUGAUGAAACUGAAUGAUUUUUAUAAAUGGAAUCUGUAUGGAAUGUGAUGAAAAAUAAGAUACGCAUCUUCGUGGAUCCCUUGAGAAGUUUAAAGAAAAGGAGUAAGAAGAAGAAGAAAAAAAGAACCUCCUCUAUACCUGACUGUGCGUAGUUGCAUGCGAGCUGGCUUUUCUUUCUCUUCUAUAUACUUUUUUUUUCUCUUCUCCCUCAUCAGGUUCCAUCAAUGGCGGAUGGUCAGAAAUUCCUGGCUAAGUUCACACAAGAAUCCACUAUAUUUUGUGCAGGUAAAGACUUCCACUUGUUAUGAUAAAUGGAAGAAGUAUGUGAGCGUGGAGGAAAAGACAUGACUUUUACUUUUGGUCAAUUUUCAAAAUAUCCUAGGAAAUUGGUAGUUCAACAAUUUUCUACCUUAUAAUUUAUACGCGUUGCAUACUCUAUAUAUAAUAAUCAGUAUACGUAUUAUUUCUUACUUUCCCUAGAUUUUGCAAAAUUUUCAACUGUCAAUUUUCGCAUUCAGUCUGACACGAAGAAACCGUGAAACUUGAAACUCGAAGAAAAGUCUGUUUACGCUGCUGCUUUCACGUCUUUCGCCAUUUCCCAAUUGACAGGCAGAGAUGCAGGAAAACGAUAAGUCUUUGAAUCGCGCGUAAACCACCUGAGGGAUGAACGGUAUCAAUACACCAAACCACGAAGUGCAUCAAUUUCGAACUGCAGCACAGAUAGCCAGUAUCUAUCACAGGGAUGAGAAUUUCGAAAGGAAAUCUAACAUAUCGGAAAUCGUUCACGGAACCUUUCAUCUGUGUCAGCUUACUGUUGCCGUCACGCUCAUUGUCUUUCAUCAUGUUCAUCACGCGGCGAAUCGCAUCGCACAAGAACAGAAUAAAGACGUGCCGACCUUGCCGGAAGAAAAGAAUCCUGUCUUCAUCGUGUUUCCGGCAUGCAUGAUGCUCAGUUUGAUAUUGGCGAUAUUAAGAUUUGGCACCAGGAAACUCGUCAGGAGGCCUGCCAUCCCCAUGACGUUUUCCUUCGUUGGUGCAAUGUUUAUGUUUAUUGGUGCUAUAUCUGCUAUGAGACACGCGGAGAUUCAUAUAAAUAUCGCGGAGUCUUGGAUACUGUACGAUUUUUGGCUGUCGGAGAAAAGGGAAAGGCAACUUGUUAAUACCGUCGAUGUGAUACAGUCUGGUUCGAGCAACGUGUCAUUCAAUGAUGCACCUACGGUAUCCAGAGAGUCAAGUAAUGAGCGACGACGAUGUAUUAAAACUAAAGAUAAGAAGAACAAAAACCAGAAAUACGACAUGCAAGAACAGCCUGGUAUUUUAGAUCCUGUCGUCACUCUUGAUAAACUCCCCUCGUAUCGACAAGGAAGUCAGAUGGAUGUUCAAAGUUUCAAAUUCGUAAGAAAAAACGCCAUCUUUUGCACCGGAGAUGUUACAGCCACCAUCUAUUUGCACUCGGUCAAUAACAUAUCUUCUGUCGGUAACCGUAAAUUCAGAAGCAGAACCUAUGAACAUAUAUUGCUGCUGCGUAGACCUGUACAUGUACACGAAUAUGAAGUAUUUCACGAAGAAACCAACGCACGAGUUCCAAGUCGUUCACGUGAUGUGAAUCCGAUCUCAGGAAUCACGUACUACGUACAUACAAUAUGAUAUCAGAUCCAACUUCGGAGCUAACUCUCUUCAUACGGAGGAGUCAGGAGUGUUAUGCAGAAGCAUGAUGUCACGUUAUAGGCGUAGAUAUAUAUAUAUAUCUUCGGUCAUCCUCUAAUGCGACGAGACACUCCAUGAUUGCGUACAUUAAAUCACUAGGAAGUCUAAUAAUUUCAAGAACUCUACUGAUAAGUUUGGAUAUCCAUAUUAAAAAUGCACAAAAAAUAUAUUGCAGUCUAUUAAAA